AAACGGGAAAUUUAACGGGUUAGCCGGUAUCCCACCGUACGUGUACAAGUGACUUUUACCCUUCCAUUUCUACUGCAUUCGACGUCUGGUAGAUCGAUUGAGAGAAAAAGUUAGGGUUUUUACAGAGUGAUACACGAAGGAAGUAGGGUUUUACUGAGAGAAACGAAGGUAAAACCCAAUGGCUGUCGAAUCAGAGGUUCACCAUGAGUCAUCUGAAGAAUACGACUCUGAAGAAUACGAAGAUGAUGAAGAGGUGCUCGAUACUAAGCACAUAGAUGUGGAAAUGGAAGAUGUUGAUUUCAAGACACAAGGUAAAGAGAGAUGCAAGGAUGCUUUCCUUAACUUCAGUUCUGAUUAUGAAGAUAAUGAAGCUGAUGAAGACAAUGACUUAGUUGAUGAAGAUGAAGAAGGGUUUGGUUCAGAAGAGGAAAUCAAUGACACUGCAGGGGCUAAUGAUCUUGAUUUGGGAGAUGCGGUUGGUGCAGGCUUCCCCAUUCACGACCCAUCAGUUAAGUGGAAUAAGAUGAAGCCCCUUCUUGGUGAAAGGUAUGAAUCACCACAUCAGUUGCAACAAUGUCUCACUAAUUAUGCUAUUAAGUCAGGGUAUAACAUUAAAUUUGCGAAGUGUGACACUGUGAGAUUAACUGCCAAAUGUGGUUCUAAGAUGAAGUCUCAACCCUGCCCAUUCAGAGUUCAUGCUUCCUGGAUGACUCAAGAAAGGUCUUUUCAGAUUAAAACCUUAGUCGAUGAGCACAAAUGUGUUAGAAAUUUCAAUAUUUCAAAUUUACUGAGUCCCAGAUGGCUAGCAAGACACUUUUUGAAGGAGUUGAUAAUGAAACCUAACUUAAAGUGUAAGGAGAUGCAAUCAAUAAUUAGGACCAAAUUUCAUUGUGGUGUGUCUUGGUCUAAGGCUUACAGAACAAGGUGUAGAGCAAUGACCAUUAUAGAUGGUAAACUCACAGAACAUUAUGCUAGGGUGUGGGACUAUUGUCAUGAGUUACUAAGGUCAAAUCCUGGUAGCACUGUCCAAGUUGGUGUCACUGUAAAUCCAAAUCAAACAACAUACUUUCACAGGAUGUAUUUGUGUUUUAAAGCAAUCAAGGAAGGUUGGAAAAUAGGGUGUCGUACGGUAAUUGAUAUAGAUGGGUCUUUCUUGAAAGGGACAUGUAAAGGAGAAUUACUCACAGCAAUAGGGAGGGAUGCAAACAACCAAGUUUAUCCAAUUGCUUGGGCAGUUGUUGACAUUGAAAACAAAGCUAAUUGGAAAUGGUUUCUGGAACUGCUCACAGAGGAUCUUAAUCUGCUAGAUGGAGGAGGGUUUACUGUAAUUUCUGAUCAACAUAAGGGAUUGCUUGAAGCAACCAAGGAAGUCCUACCAAAUGUGGAGCAUAGACAGUGUGCAAGACACAUAUAUGCUAACUUUAGGAAGACCUAUUCUGGAGUGGAGUUCAAGAAUAUGUUCUGGGCAGCUUCCUUAUCAACUGUAAAGAGUGAAUUUCUGAGGAAAAUGGAUGAUAUAAAAGAGGUUAAUCCAAAUGCUUAUGAACAUUUGAUUGCAAGACAUCCUCACACAUGGUGCAGGGCAUUUUUUAGGACUGAUGUAGCAUGUGAGGCAGUUGAAAAUGGCAUAGCAGAGUGCUUCAACGCCAUCAUAUUGGAUGCUAGAAAGAAACCCCUUCUAGCAAUGUUUGAAGAAAUUAGGUUGUACAUGAUGGAUAGGUUCUACCAUAUGUUACAAAAGGCAGAAAAGUGGGAAUCAGUGGUUUGUCCAGCUGCUAUCAAGAAAAUGAACAAGUUUGGAGAGGAUUUGAGGAAUUGGAAUGUGAAUCCAAGUGGACCAUCUAUUUCUGAAGCCAGGAAUGGAUUAGAAGGGUACGUGGUUAACUUACAAAGCAGAGUGUGCAACUGUAAGCUUCGGGAUAUCUCAGGAAUUCCAUGUGUACAUGCACAGUGUGCAAUACUAUUCACUGGACAAGAUCCUGUUCAUUUCAUAAGUGAGUGGUUUAAUGUGGACAGGUUCAAGGCCAUAUAUGCAAACAAUAUACUGCCUGUGAAUGGUAGAAAUUUAUGGCCUAGAACAUCAUACAUAAAGCCUCUACCCCCUUUAGCUAGAAGAAUGCCAGGGAGACCAACUCUGAAAAGAAAGAGGCAUGUCACUGAAUCUCAAGAUAAAUACUCCCAAAACAAGAUGAAGGUUAUUGGAAUAGGAAGGAAAGUCCAAUGCAAAAAUUGUCUUCAAAGGGGUCAUAACAAGGCAUCCUGUAAGAAUCCCAAUGUCACACCAGAACCCAAACCCAAGAAAAAAAUGGGUAGACCAAGAUUGGAUCCUGAUAUCAGUCAUCUGACUAGAGGUGGUGUAAGAGGUGGUGUCAGAGGUAGUAGAGGUGGUGAAAUGGGUAGUAGAGGUGGUAGAGGGGGUAAUAAAGGUGGUGCAAUGGGUAACAUAGGUGGUGUAGUGGCUAACAGAGGUGGUAGAGGUAGUAAGAGAGGUGGUAGGGCUAGUAACAGAGGUGGUAGGGGCAGUAAGACAUCUGUUAGAGAUGAAGGUGGUGGAGGUGCUGAAGUUGAAGGUGAUACAGUUGAAAAUGAGGAUGACACUAUUCCUGAAAAAUAUUUAGUCCAUUUAUGGAAGUCAAUGCAAGAUUUGAAACAAUCAGGGUAUUCAAUUGAAGAAAUUAAAAAUUCACUUAGUCUGACAGAUUCACGUAUGAAACAUCUUAAUGAUUACAAUGACACUAUUGAACAAGUUCUUCCUAUGUCUAUGGAAGAGGAGUAUCCACCUCAGAAUGAGACACAAGAUGGGGUGAAGAAAUUAUCCUUGAGACACAACCAGAAAGUGAAGAAGAAGAAGGCAUUAAUGACACCCAGGAAUUACCAGUACACCUUAGGAUUGUGAAAAGAAGAAGGCCCACUCAGAGGAUUGUUAAAAACAAGCUGAAGAAGAUGGGAUGUGUUGGGACUUCUGCAAGUUCAACAUUGGAGUUGGAUUAGGGUGUUAGGGUGUUAAGGGUAGUAAUGGUAUUUGGUACAUCUUUUUUGAAUGCUAUUUUUGUGAAUCUUUUGUGAAUGCUACUUUUGUACAUCUUUUGUGAAUGCCCUUAAAUUACUGAUAGCCAUAUUUUGUACAUCUUUUGUAAACACAUUGAAACAUUGUGAAUGCCCUUAACAUGGUUGGUAAUGACAUAUUGGAG